AUGUGGUGCGCCGGUGGGGUGGGUGCCCUGGGUGUGACGCUGGGCGCGCUUCUGUUCGUGUACCAAGAUAGGCUUCUUUACGUCCCGUCCGUGCCCAUCAGAGAUCCUGAUGACAACCCGAGAGGGUAUCGCAACCCGCUAGAGCAAGGGAUAUCGUACGAGGAUAUGUACAUGCCAACCUUGGAUGGCAUCAAGAUCCACGGCUGGCUGCUCAAGAGUCCCGAGGCAUCUAAGGUGCCGACGCUAGUUUAUUUUCACGGGAACGCCGGUAACAUCGGGUUCAGGCUCGUCAACGCGCGCCAGAUGCAGCUCGCCAUCGGGUGCAACGUGCUCAUGGUCGACUACCGAGGCUACGGGAAGAGCGAAGGCACGCCGACGGAGGAAGGGCUUGUGCUGGACGUCGAGGCCAGCCUUCGGGCCUUGAGAGAGAGCCCCAAGUCGGGGGUGCACCCGGACAAGCUUAUCUUGUUCGGCCGUUCCCUUGGCGGAGCUGUGGCCCUCGCCGGCGCGGACCGAUAUCCUGACCUGGUGCGAGCAGUCAUCGUCGAGAACACGUUCAUUAGCGUUUCUCACAUGGUGGACAAGCUGAUGCCCAUGCUGUCGGGCAUCAAGUGGCUAGUGCUUCGGCUUAGGUGGGACAACGAGGAGAAGGCUAGGCGACUCACCAGGCCGGUCCUGUACAUAUCUGGUCUAAAGGACGAGCUCAUCCCUCCCUGGCACAUGCGAUCUCUCUACAACGCCUCUCCCGAGAGCUCGGGCGGGGGCAAGCGAAUCUUCACGGUCAAGGAUGGCACGCACAACGACACGUGGGAGAGGGGAGGGUUGGAGUACCUUCAGGCGCUGCGGUCCUUCAUGGAGGAGGUGUUCGCCGGAAAGACGGUGGAGAUGACGCCGAGCGUUAGCGGUAGCGGUAGCGUUGCACAACCCUCUAAGGCGGAGGGCACAAGCGGGGACGAUUCUUGUGAAGUCCCGGUCGGAGGCGGUGCGGACGGGUUGGAAAAGGAGGCGGUGGCGUCGUCAUAACGGGGAGGGGGCGGGGUCAGCAGAGUUUUAUUUUCAAAGCCUGGGGGGGGGGGGGGGUAUUGAGGAGCGGCAGCAGUUUUGUGGCGCUCGAUCAAAACGAAGUGUUAAUGAGGUGUAUUGUCUGCUGGUGCGCGCUCGGUGUUGGAGAAACGACACGUUCGUGUGUUGCCACAUCCUAUCAUCCUAUCAAGGAAUGGUGAUGCGGGUGGUAUGUGUUGAUACGAUUGGUGCUGGGCAAGCACAGCAGCUGAACCUGCAUGCUCGCGCAAUUUGGGUCGCAAAGUGCCUUGUUUCUCCUCCCGUAGUUGGUAUGUUGAGAACACGCUACUGGUACUCGCCGUACCUCAUUCCCUUGCUUGGUGUGCUUGGUGUGCUUGGUGUGCUUGGUGUGCUUGCCUGUUGCCGACCCUCGGCCUUGUCGUCCGAUUUCUCCUGGUACGUGUGAUGUGUGAUGUGUGUGCGGGUGGGGCGUUGUCGCUGGUUUACUUCGUUUGCUGGUCGAAGAUCACGCCUCCACGGCGGACACCCCCGAUGUCUGUUUACGGCUACGGGUGACGACUUAAGAGAGGCUAUCGACCUGCCUUUCUUUGUCGUCUCCCGUAUGUAUGCUGUACUACUGCUGCUUCUUUCUUCGCAGCAGUGUCUACCUUGAACCCCACCCCGAGAUUUCCGGCUCUGAUCUGUCCGCUCCACCCCCCGUCCGCCUUUAGACUUUUCUUUUUGGUGCGGCGCUUGCUUUGCCUCGGUGUCUUCAGCAAGAAGCGGUUCUGCUGCGUUCAUGAACUUUGGCGGAUGCGAGAGAAACGGUGCCCGCAAUUUCCUGGGUCAAUUUAGUUGAGAGGGGUUGGUUAUGAUUAGUGGGAUACCCCUGGUCGUGUGGCGAUGUCACUAUCCAGAGCGAGAGCGGCGGCCGCGUCAUUUUUCGGUAUUAAUGAUUGGAAGUUUAAUGGCCGGUUGUUGUCUGUAACGUGCUUGUUUUUUAUUGUGUGGUUGUGGUCGGGCGUGCUUUUUGAUGUGUGGUGUUGAGCCUACAGGUCUCGCUCGCUCGCCUCCCAGCAAUGGCGCUAUCGUUGCCCUUGUGUCCUUGUUGUCUGACGAUGAAAUCGGGGUGCUAUUGUUCGUGGUUUUGACGAAGGUGACAGUGACAGGGAAUGACACUGUAAGUUUGUUCUUAUAUUUAUUGUUUGACGGUUGAAUCGGCGGUACUAUUGGUUGUGAUGGAGGUACUACUGGUUGUGAUGGAGGUGGGGGGGACUCACGCUUUAGUUGCCCUUGCCUUUGUUGCCUGACGAUCGGGUUGAAUCUGUCUCUUUUUUGUGAUUGUGAUGGAGAGACUGACUGACGCAAUGAAAUGGG